GAGAAGAGGGUGGAUCGUCUCUCCUCCUGUCAGCCGCCCCGCAGGCAGCCGGUCAGGCAGCACAGGCAGCAGCUGCAGGCAGCCGGGCUUUCCUCCUCACCUGUGAGGCUGGAGCCCCAGCCAAACGCUCCCCUCUUCCACCAUGAUCCUUUGGCUGUGGCUCUGCUUGGGUUUCUCCACCUCGGCAGGGCAGCCCGACUCGGAGCUGAUGGCCAGGUACCUGGAAGAGAAGCUGAUGUCGGACUACAGCAUCAUGGAGCAAGUUGCACGCCGGGUUCCAAGACAGGCCAAAUUUUUGCAGAGGCUGGAAACCAGGCCUCGGAUGUCUGAAUUCAGUGUGAAAUCCACAAUCAUCUCUCGUUACGCUUUCACCACGGUCUCGUGCACGAUGGUGAACAGCGGAUCCGAGGCACGGGAAGCUGUGUUUGAGAUGCAAAUCCCAGCUGCAGCUUUCAUCUCCAACUUUACCAUGAUCAUUGGCAACAAGACUUAUUAUGGGGAGGUGACAGGGAAAGAGAAGAAGAACAGCAGUGGUGACAAAGAAAGACACAAGAAACCUUCAAACUCCACAGAUGGAAGGGAGAAUGGCUAUGAGACCUUCAAAGCUUCUGUCUUCAUCCCUCGCAAGAUGCAGGCCAGGUUCCUGCUGCAUUAUGAGGAGCUUUUGCAAAGAAGAUUGGGAAAAUAUGAAUAUACAGUCAGCAUCAGGCCCCAGCAGCUUGUGGGGAGGUUACGAGUGGAGGUCAACAUCUUGGAGAACUCAGGGAUAGUUUCACUGGAAGUGCCUCCCCUUCGGAACAGCAAGCAGAAAGGCAAUGGGAAAGUUGAAGGUGAUGUUUCUCCUCCUCCUUCCACUGUAGUUGGACAUACCAAAACCUUAGCUAAAGUUACUUUCAAUCCCAGUGUUGUUGAGCAAGCCAGGAUAGCUCGAAAUGGCAUUUUGGGAGACUUCAUAAUUAGAUAUGAUGUCAACAGGGAGCUGAGUGUUGGGGAUGUUCAGAUUCUUAAUGGGUAUUUCGUGCACUACUUCGCCCCCACAGAUCUUCCUCCAUUGCCAAAGAAUGUUGUAUUUGUGCUUGACAGCAGUGCAUCCAUGGUGGGAACAAAACUGAAACAGACCAAAGAAGCUCUCUUCACAAUUCUCCAGGACCUAAGGCCUGAAGACCACUUCAACAUCAUUGGCUUUUCCAACCGGAUAAAGGUCUGGCAGCAGGACCAGAUGGUGCCAGUUACUCCAAACAACAUAAGAGAUGCCAAAAAGUACAUUCAUAACAUGUCACCUACUGGAGGGACUAAUAUUAACAGUGCUCUCCAGACUGGUGCAAAGCUGCUGAAUGAUUACAUUGCUCAGAAUGACAUUGAUGCCAGGAGUGUCUCCCUGAUCAUCUUCCUCACGGAUGGGAGACCCACUGUUGGGGAAACACAGUCAUCCAAAAUCCUCAGUGACACCAAGGAUGCCAUCCGUGAUAAAUUCUGCCUUUUCACCAUUGGCAUUGGCAAUGAUGUGGAUCACAAGCUGCUGGAGAGGAUGGCACUGGAGAACUGUGGCAUGACGAGGCAUUUCCAGGAGGAUGAGGAUGCAGCCAGCCACCUCAAAGGGUUCUAUGAUGAAAUAGGAACACCCCUUCUCUCUGACAUCCGUGUUGAUUACCCAGAAAAUGACGUGGAACAAGUCACCCAGAACUUCUUCCCUAACUACUUCAAUGGCUCUGAAAUUAUAAUAGCUGGCAAACUCAUCAACCACACCUCAGAGAGCCUCCAUGUGGAGGUGACUGCUAGCAACUCCAAGAAGUACAUUCUCCUCAAAACAGAUGUGGCUAUUGACCUUCCAAGCAGGAAUGACAUCAGAGGAAUCCCUGGCCUGGAAGAUGGUAAAGGUGACAAAAACUACAUCGAGAGGGCAUGGAGCUAUCUCACCAUCAAGGAAUUGCUUAACUCGAGGUUGAAGAGUGAUGACAAUGAGGAAAGAGACUCUUUGAUGGAGAAAGCCAAGUCAAUGGCCCUGACUUACAAUUUUGUUACUCCCUUCACUGUUCUGAAGAUGAGGGAAGCUGGGCUCGAUUCAGAACCAACUCCAGAGGAGUUAAUCAGCCCUUCUACUGAUGGCAUUGGUGAAAAGUUGCAGAGCUUGCAGGGGCACAAGGCACCACCAGGUAUACGCAGACAGCAGGAUAAACAAAGAAUUAAAAUCUCCAAAACAUCAGCGGAUGGAGACCCUCACUUUGUCAUUGAUUUUCCCUCCAGCAAGUUCUCUGUCUGCUUCAAUAUAGAUGGGGAACCAGGGGACAUUCUCCGACUGGUCUCGGAUCAUAAGGAAUCUGGUGUAACUGUGAAUGGGCAACUAAUUGGAGCUCCUGCACCACCCAAUGGCCACAAGAAGCAUCGAACUUACUUCAGCACCAUCACUAUCCUCAUCAAUAAGCCAGGGAGGUCUUACCUUGAGAUCACACCCAAAAGAAUCAUCCUGGAUGAUGGGGAAAGACUUCUUCUGUCCUGUGAUAGGAGUGCAGUUGUACAAAGCAGCAGCCUUGAGGUGUCCAUCUCUGCCAACUCCAACAUCACUGUGACAAUACGAGACACAAUCACCUUUGUCAUCCUCAUCCACCAUUACAAGAAGCCAGCUCCAUAUCAGAGGAAUCACCUGGGGUUCUACAUCUCCAACAGCAAAGGCCUCUCUUCAGACUCCCAUGGGCUACUGGGUCAGUUCUUGAACCACGAAGUUAAACUUCUUCAGGAAUCUCUAAACAAAAGUCAUCAGCAGGAUGGUCAGAACCAAACAGAAGCAUUAAAGCCAAACCUGACAAAUACCCUGAAAGUAAAGGGGCGACUCGUUCCUGUGGUGUGGAAGCAGAGGAGGAUCUACAAUGGGCAGCAGGAAGUUGACUGCUGGUUUGCCAAAAACAAUGCAGACAAACUGAUUGAUGGGACCUAUAAAGACUACCUGGCUUCUCAUCCUUUUGACACAGGGACCAGCUUUGGGAGGAUCAACAGCCUUUAAGACAGAUCAUAGCAAUGCAUUUCAGCAGCACCUCUGACAGUGGUUCCCUUCUGAAGCCUCUAAAAUUAGGCAACUUAUGAAUAUUUCUUUACAUUUUGGUGCCAAGGAAACCAAGGCUUUUUGCCCUUGGAAACUGUCUGUCUCUUUCAUGCUAGAUGAACAUUGUUCAUCAAAUUCCUCAAGAAAAGGAGGUGGAGGAGGAAGGGUUGAGGACAUGGUUAAAGGUGUGAUCAGUGCUCUCCCAGUGGAAGGGGAGGGAGAAAUGGGCCAGCAUUUGGAUUUAACACUGCAGAGAGCUGUUGGCCUUAAAAUAAACCCAUGCAGGGAUCUGUGCAAUACCCCCAGGGGCUGAUGAGUGACCUUGUGAGAAAUGCAGAACAUGUAGCACAGUGACUAUCCAGAGAGGCAACAACCUUGAGUGGUUGGUUGGCUUUGCAAAGAUGUGACUUGGAGCACCUGCUUCAGCCAUGGUCCCUGGGGAAAGAAGAGAGAGAGGAAGAGAGAAUAUAGAGGCAGGUGGAUAUUUAUCUGCAGUGACCCAUCAGCAUCAAAGAGAAAACAAAGAAAUCAAAACCUUAAAUCAACAUGUCACAACAGGGUAUUGCUUUCUUGGUUAUUGGGAUGGGGGUCUGAAUUUGCCACUAAGCAUCAUGCUCCCUAAACCACUACAGACCCUUAAAACAGUGGUGAAAACCUUCAUGUGGCUUCUUGCUUUCUCAGUGCACAGGCUGCAUGCAUAAAAAGGACCUCUGGUCUUCAGCAGCCACAGGUGUGGUGCUGGCUCCUGUUCCUGCAAGCAUCUCAUUGAAAUUACAUUACAAGUUUAGUGUUUUCUUGAGUCUUGACUGCCUCAGACAGAAACAAAGUUCCACUGUAAGCUUCCAACAGAUCUGCCACCUCCUUGAGCAGUGUCACUUCUGCUUAGCAGGGAUUUAAAUUCUCUAAAGGAUGAUGAACCAGCACCCACAAUCCCUCAUGAUCCUACCAAACGGCCUCUUAAAUUUAGGCUAAACAUUUCUAUCUGCUUUUCUAAUCAGGGAGAAAGUCUUUAUUUACUCCAAACUGUAAAAAAACCAAACCAAAACAUAACAUUCCAGUUUUCUUGGCUCCUUCUCCUUCCUUACACAGCAGGAAUUUGGCAGCAGCAGGUUACAGGAGGGUCUGCCAGCCACCCCCACUGCAGGUGGUGCUGCUCUGCAGAGAAACCUCCAAACCCAAACUGCAAGGCUGUAGUCUGCUUUAAAGUGAGGCACCACUGACUAAUGCUAUAGAGCAGCCACGAGGGAGGUUGCUUAGUAGAGAACUUGGCCCAAGCAGACUUUGUCAACCACAAAGACAUUUCCAUGGCAAAGCCAAAUUGAGCUCAUUUAUACUCUGCCUUUCCAGGACUGAAAGGAAGGAGGGUGGGUGUGGAAGCAUCUCCAGGAGCUAAAUGAUAUCCAUGUGUUAGAAGAAAAUAGAGAUGCCAGAGACCUCCAGAAAUAGGUUCAGUUUUGACUUUUUCUUUUUUUUUUUUUUUUUUUUUUUCAUAUUUAAAAAUUAAAUUAUAUUGUUGUGUAGGAGUUCCAGCUGCUGGGGAGUGUGGAGGGUGGUGGCUCUCCAGUUGCUUGAUCAGCUGGUUGAUGCUGCUAGUGGGGUGGCAGCAGAGUUAGUAGCAAGCAUGGUUGCUUAUUCACACCAUGUACUGUGGGGGGAGAAAAACAGCUGAAAGCAACCAGAUAGAUUUAUUUGCAUGCUGGCAGAUCCUUACAGAGAGCUCAGUAAGUGCAAGACUCAUGCCAAGACUCAUUCUUUGGAGCAAAAUAUUUAGACAAAAUUAUUGCUUUGGGCCCAGCUGUCUUAAGAAACAGCUCUGCUGCAAAGGAGAACUGAGGGCAAGACCUUCACCACGUCCUGAGCAUGGAAUGAGAACCAGAGAGGUGCCAGGCCUGGAACCAUACUGAUGGGCCAGAAAUGAGAUGAAAAAGAGCACCCACCUAAGCAGGCAGUGGGAGGAUCACCCAGCCCAUUCCCAAAUAACCUCCCAUUUCACUAGCACAGGGUGAAGAGGAUAGUGGCAGUGAACUUUUAGACCAUUCAGGGUUCCAGUCCUUACUAAAAAGAGAUUUCUUUGAAAUCUUCACUCUCCUCCACAUUUUGCUGUUCAGGUGUAUUGCUAAAGGGAGCAAUAGGCUUAGGCUCUCCUCCUCUCAUCUCUUCUGUACAUAGAUAUGUAUAUAUUAUAUCUAUAAACACACACAGUGCUAAUGCUUCAGGUGCAUCAUUACUCCUCUUCCUUCUCCUCCAGCCAAGGAAACGUUUUUUUUUAUUUCAGAGCCUGAAAAGAGCAAUGAUCAACUCCAACUUCCCAGCCAUAUGAAGCACCUGGACCAAUAUACUCAAGUUCUCAUUAAGGCUCCACUUAUCCAUUUCACAAUAAAUAUUUUACAGUGAA